UAAUAAGUUCACUCUCUCUAGUUUGAAAAUUUUACUGUCUUUCACUUUUCCAUAGCUUUCCCGGCAAAAUGGCACGGAAGAGCAACAAGCGAUCGGUUCCCGGCGUUUUGUGGCGCAUGUUCCGCCACCGUGCGCGAACUCUCUCAGACACCGUCACAUCCUUGCUCCCUCCUCCGCCGGAGCUUUGCCGAUGCGACGGUCGCUGUUGCCUUGGCUGCACCCUCGACGCCAAGUCCUUUCUCCUCCGACCCGACGAUCCUUCCGAUUACCGCAAACUCCUAACUCAGUGCUACGUCGUCGUUUCCGAAAACGCACCUGCGCUCCCGUUCUUCGUCCCCCUCUCCGGCUUGUCUCAGGAUCAGGUUGUGAAGAGGACCAUUGAACAGAUGCUGCAUCGAAGGGAACCAGUUUCGAAUAUGUUGUGCUCUGGUUAUGAUAGGAUUAAAUGUUCAAGCCGUACUGUGGAGCUUUUGUCCAGUGCAUCUUGGUCUCUUCUUUUAAGCAGGGUUGGGGAUGAUUUUAUGAUUUACCUACUAAGGAAUACAUCAAUAUUCUUGCCAGCUCCCCUUGGAAACCAUCACCAGGUGGGAGGUCCUCCUAUCAGUCGUCUAUGUUUUGAUAUGCUCAAGGGUUCACCGAAGUUUGACUAUCAGACAUAUUGCGAACAAAAGAGGAAAAGAACUGAUGUUGAUGACCCACCCGUAGAGAAACGAAAGUGCCAUAUUUCUUGCAUUAUCAAUGGUCCUCUGGGCUUUUCAAGUAACCUUGGCAUGACUGAUAAGUCUUCAAUGCAACUGAUCAGGCAUCAUGGGAGCAGGAAUUAUGAUGUCAGUGUCUCUGAAGUUCCUAAGUUCUUAAGAACUGAAACUGUUAUAAGGAAGUCGGGGUCAGAAGGAAAUCAAGGUUCAAAUUGUAUUACACCUAGGCUUGGAAAGCGUUCUAGGCCAUUUAGGUGGCAGCGGCGCCGUUGCAAAUUGCUAAAGCAGUUAACCCUUGAAGAAAAUAGUCUAAAUAUACAGCCAAACACCAGCAGCUUAAGUUAUCAUGCAGAGCUGCAGAUGUCAUUACAAUGUGCUUGCUGUUUAAUCUUGCAAUCUCUUCCAGCGGUUCCUAAGAGAACCAAUAUCCAAAGGCAAUCUAUUUUUUAUAGUCUGGAGCCUUCUCGUUCAGUUCUUCCAAAGAAAAAUAUUUUAUAUUCCUUAAAGCCAAAUUUGGCUUGUUCAGAGCAUCUCAUUGGUAAUAUUUUUGGCUUCUCAGAUGUAAAUGCUAGUGCUCAGUCAACGUUUUGUUUGCACAGCAAUGACUCAUGUCUCAUUAACUCUGAAUGUCUCUAUCACUGUCUUGUUAAGUGUUUUAAGCAAGUCAUUCGGAGGACACAAUGUUGCCAGCAUACAAAACUCUUGAAUAAGCAUUGUGUUUUUCCGUCAUUGAACAAAAAUACAAUUAGAAGAUCAAGUUCUGAAGUUAAGGACAAUAAAUCAGGGAAAAAUUUGCAGAAGACUUGUGUUGAUACUUUGGAUGAUGGAUUUAAAUCAUACUGCUCAAAAAGUCAAGUUGUAUCUUUCGUAUGGGCUGUUUCUAGGACUUUACUUCCUUCGGAAUUAUUGGGUACUCCCCUUGCAUGGAGAACACUGAGGAGAAAUAUUUCAAAGUUUAUACACUUAAGAAGAUUUGAGACAUUUUCAUUGAAGUUAUGCAUGCACAAACUGAAAAUAUCAUGGUUUCCUUUCUUAUCGAAUAAACAUUUCUUUCAAAAAGAAUUCAAGAAUAGGAAUGAUCCUAUGCAUGUUGUCAAACGCAAGUUGUUAGAGAAGUGGAUUUUUUGGUAUUUCUCUUGUUUGGUUGUACCUUUGUUGCAAGCAAACUUUUAUGUUACUGAAAGUGCGAAAGGGAAACAUGAUAUUUACUAUUAUGCAAAACCAAUUUGGGAAAAGUUGGUUGCUAACACUACGGUUUGCUUCAAAGACCGGAGAUAUAGCUACCUAGAUGAUGCGGUUGUACAUAAUAUUCUUAGAGGUAGACAGUUUGGAUUUUCAAAACUUAGGCUUCAACCUAAAGAAGAUGGUGUAAGGAUGGUGGCAAAUCUGAAAGGUUCUUCAACAAUGCCAUUGUCUUUGUCCACUAUAGGAGUUCAAAAUUGGAGAACUAAAGGCAAAGUAAACCACCAAAAAAUCAUGUAUAAACGUUAUCCAUCUGUAAAUUAUGUUCUUCGUGCUGCCCAUACUAUUCUGAAAGGAAUUCUUUUUGAGAAGCCUCACAAGCUAGGUUCUUCCGUGUUUAACUAUGAUGAUGUUUACAAGAAACUAUGCCCAUUUUUGGUUGGCCAGAAGAUAAAAAGAGGAACUAUGCCAAAUUUAUUCAUGAUUACAUCUGACGUGUUACAAGCUUUUGAUUCUAUUGAUCAGAACCACCUUCUAGGCAUAGUUAAAAAUGUUUUAGUGGAGGAUGGGUAUUUUCUUAAAGAAUAUCAUCAAGUUAUAUGCACAAAGAAGUCUUUGUGGGUUCAAAAGCAAUUUAUGAUGUCGGAUGAAUCAAGCAACAAUGGUCACACACGAUUCACUUCAUUUGCGUCCUUUCAAUCUCGGCAUUGUGUCUUUGUUAACCAGGAACGAUGUAAGCUUGUGAAAACGAAAGUUCUGUUUUCAGAUCUUACGGAGCAUGUGAAGCACAAUGUGUUGCAGUUUGAUGGAAAAUUUUACUUACAAGAUGUUGGCAUUCCCCAGGGAGGAGUUUUGUCGUCUUUGCUUUGUUCCAUGUAUUAUGGACAUUUAGAGAAACGUGUAAUAUUUCCAUUUCUUGAAAAGACUAUUGAAUCUGGUUGCUGCAAGGAGAAUAAUGAUGGGCAAACCAACUGUCCUGAUAAAGUCUCAUCUUCCUCUUACAUGCUAAUGCGUUUUCUUGAUGAUUUCCUUUUCAUAUCAACCUCUAAAAGGCAGGCAGACAGCUUUUUCUCCAGGCUACAAAGAGGGUUUCGUGGUUACAAUUGCUACAUGAAUGAGAAAAAGUUUGGUGCGAACUUUGAUGUAGAACAGAUAUCAGGUUCCUCAUUGACAAGGGUUUAUGUGGGUGAAGAUGGUGCUACUUCAUUUCUUCGAUGGAGUGGUCUUCUCAUCAAUUGCUCCACUAUGGAAAUUCAGGCUGACUACACUAAGUACUUGGGUAACCAUUUGAGCUCUACACUUACUGUUCGCUGGCAAGGUAAACCAGGCAUUACUCUUAAGGAGAAGCUGUGUCUCUUUCUAAGACCUAAAUGCUACCCAAUAUUCUUUGAUUCGAAUAUCAAUUCAGCAGCUGUUGUCAGAUUAAAUGUCUUUCAAGUAUUUUUGUUAUGUGCAAUGAAGUUUCAUUGUUAUAUUCGGGAUCUAUCAUUCAUCUGCAAAUUUCACAAAAGAUAUUGUUCAAACAUUAUUCAGGGAUCUUUGAGAUAUUUGCAUCUGUUGAUAAAGAAAAGGAUGCACUCCAUGAGACUUAAUUCAGAUGUACAGCCGAUUCUCGAGUUGGAGAAGGAAGAAGUGGAAUGGCUUGGAUUCCAGGCUUACAUACAAGUACUCAAGAGAAAGGAAUCACGUCAUAAGGAGUUGCUGGCUAUUUUGAGGUCAAGGUUGUUAUCACAUAGAAUGUCUGGGAGGGUCUCACCUGAACUUAAAUAUGCAAUUGAUACCAAAAACUCCUCUUUGCUUUGGGAGAUCAAGUAUUAGCUCUUAAAGGUGAGAGAUAAUCCGACAUGAUAGGGCCACAAGUAGCUUCAGGAAUGCUCCUUGUUUCCAUUUUUUGGGUACAGUUACAUGAUGAUGAGUGGUAAAAUUGGUUAUUAUAUCUGGCACAAGGGUUUUUUUUUACCUGGCUUUGACUGAGUCCACUUGUUGUCUGGUUUAACAGUAGAAAAAAUUACUAGAAAAUGGGAGUUUUAAAUGGUGUACUCCAGUAAUUGUUGAAAUCUAUUACUGGUUUUAUUGUUAAAAAAUCAAACACAAUGUUUCUAUUAUAUUUCAUCCUUGCUGUUCAAUGGUAAACAAGGAACAGAACAUGUACA